UCAGAGUGCCGCAUCUGAUUUCGGUAACCAACAUUGCCAACGAGGAUUAUGCGCUUGGUCGGGGAGGCGUCCGCCGGCGCGCGAGAGCUGAGCAUCCGGAUUCCGCUCAUCGUCUGACGGUUAUGUCGGAAGGGGAAUAGACCAGGCGACAGAGAGACGAAUAAGCUGACAUAUCUGCCCUGUGGCGGUCCUUUGUCAUGGCCAGCGCGCAAUCAUCGGGCCGCGAGCUGUAUACUCAAGCUUUCCUCGCGACGCGCCACCUGCAAUUAGGCGAUGCCAUGGGCCCUCCAACUAGCACUAGCUGCCCAUUCCUCUGGAGACGAUGUCAGUCCUUUGUGCGACCACGGGCGCAGGUGUCAGACAGCGCAUGCAUGAGGCGCAUUCCAGCCCCUUGGGAGAUGGCGCAAGUCUAGCGUCCCACGACUCUGGGUCGCCGGCGGCUGAGGCCAGCGCAGUCGAGCGUGGCGUUCUCGAACGAGUGAGCUUGGAACCUAGGGGGGGGCGCCGACUGCUUCCGCCUCUCGAUCCUUGGUGCGGAUUCGCAUGUUGAUGGUUGGCAACUUUGUCUUAGACUGUGAGGAGGAUGAGGGGCGAAAUUGGGACGGUUAAAGCGUGUACCACGGUGAAAACUCGCACGUCCCUCUCCAUUCCACCCGUGUUAGCCGGCAAUCUGUUACUAGAUGAUAGUAACCACACCAGGGAGACACAACGGUUGCCAGAAUUCGUAUCAGCUGACGUUUAGUUUGGCAGCGCUGUCCACUCAGGUUUCCCAUCUACUCAGCAGCAGACGCUUUUCUUCUUGAUCCUCUUCUCUGUACGCCAACGUUUGUUUCCACGUGGUCGCCUACAUAUGCAUGAUCAGCGGCAGAGCGUCGUUUCGGGGGCUCAGGGAGACCAGAUCCCCGAACGCCACAGGCCCC